CGUCGCUAGUGGUCAAUGGCGCCGGUUGUUAGCGGGAUCGUUGUUAGUCACAUCGGGACCACGUACGGUGACGGUCGUGAAGAAUACGAGAGAGUCGCAGGAGUCGACAGACAGAGAGAAAAACGCGGAGCGAUCGCGAGGGAAGGCUAAUACCGCGGACGGGCAGCAUCGCGCGAACGGAGAGAGAAAGAAAAAGAGGGUGAAGCAGGAGGGUGCAAAAGGGCGUACCGUCAGACACUACGCCGUCUCGUUUUCGACUCUGCGGCGAGUUCAAAGCCGAAGCUCCGAAAUCGAGGUUCCGUGCGCCGCUUGUAAUACUGUGCGUGGGUCCAUUCCGCGCGUGCGUUUGUGUAUCGCGUGUGUAUAUUCUACCUCGUUUCUCGGGUGAGUGCGGGAAUCCAGGGAGGCGGUUUAGUGUUUCGACGGACAACGCGUCAUAGUAGUGUGCCUAAACGGAGAGGAGAGAGAUAGAUAGAUAGAUAGGAGUGCCUGUCGAGAGGAAGAACAGCCACACAAGCAGGCGGCGUAGAAGAGAGACGGCGGUGGAGGCGGAGGUGGGAGAGACGGCGGUACGAAGUGACGGAUUUGUUUUCUUGCACAACGGUGGAGCAAAACGGCCUCAAACUGUGGGGCUCUGGGGCGUUUUUCCUUCCUCCGCAAGGGAUGUACUACCCUCACAUGGUGCAGACAGGGAUGGCUGCGCCCUAUGGUGGGGGUGUCUUUCCCCCUCCGGUGAACGGGGUCGCGGGUGUCGUGGGGGCAGCCGGUGCAGCCGGUGACGUUAAACCACCGCCGCCAGUGCCGGUGAAGGAGGAGAGCGCCGGUGCGCCCCAGCAACCACCCCCAACCGGCGGGCCCCAGGUGCCGCCCGCGACUGGCGCGCCCCAUUCCGCCGCUCCUGGUGCGCCGACCGCGGCCAGCUUCAGUCCGCCUCCGCCUCCGAACGGGGUCGAUCAACAGGCCAUUUCGGAGGUGUUUCAGGCUGCGGUUGCAGCAGCCGCGGCUGCAGCUGCAGGAGGUGGCGGCCAGCAGCCCGCACCGACACCGGGUGGCAACGAGACCAACCCCGAAGGCGGAGUGGAGGCCACCACGUUGGUACCUGUCACCUCAGGCGCGACGACACCUGCGACAGCGACACAGGGUACCGACCUCAAAGGUCAACCUAAACGCCUGCAUGUCAGCAACAUACCCUUCCGCUUUCGAGAUCCCGAUCUCAGAGCAAUGUUUGGGCAAUUUGGGCCAAUCCUGGACGUGGAAAUCAUAUUUAACGAAAGGGGAAGUAAGGGAUUCGGUUUUGUAACAUUCGCAAAUAGUGCUGACGCGGACCGGGCACGUGAGAGGCUACACGGCACCGUGGUUGAGGGCAGAAAGAUUGAGGUGAACAACGCAACAGCGAGGGUACAGACGAAAAAGCCGCCGACGGUGCCGAACGUCUGCGUACAAUGGCCCGAGGCCGCGGCCCUUAGAGGAGUCGCCAUACAACGUGGCAGAGCUGGAACGCCGAGGACUACCUUCCCUACCAGCGCGGCUGCUUUAGCCUUGGUGAGGAAUACAGGACCGCUUGCGGCCGCAGCUGCGGCCACGAGUCUGCAUCCCUUCGCGCCCACUGUUUACUACGACCCCUUCCUCGCGGCGCACGCAGCAACACAGGAUCCCAACUACAGGUUGCAGCUGGAAUGGCCUCAAGCAACAGCUGACGCCGCGGCAGCGGCGGCCGCAGCGUCACCCCUGUUGAAGACACCCCUAUCAACGGCGCAGCAGGCUACAUACGCAGCUGCAGCGACCUACACGGCGGUGGCUGCGCGCGCAUACGGCGCAGCUGCAGCUGCGGCACAGCCGGUCGCAGGAUAUGCCGCAGUCGCGGGUUACGGGCGUGAAUACGCCGAUCCUUACCUCGGACACGGCAUUGGACCUGUGGCGGGUUAUGGGGCGACAGUGUACAGAAGUGGCUACAAUAGGUUCACACCAUAUUAAAUGGCUCGUUGACAGCGGAGCGCGAGAGCCUUCCAAGUUAUAUACCGUGUUAUACUCAAGCAAAACAUGACCAGACACAAGUCGACACAAUCAUCACCGUCAUUCUGCCAUCAUCGAGAUCACUAGCGAGGCGACGAGCCUGGACCCUCCGCAACAUUCGUCGAUUUUACUUCCCACCUUCCCCAGUUUUGCGACGCAAGAUCGUAAAGGGAUGAAAACGGAGAUUAUUAUCAUUGAAACCAGAAUCGUUCGAUCAAAGCGAAACUGCUGUCAAUGAUACAAAGCGACGUCUACAUUGUCUAAAUCUUGAAAUUGUAUUGUAACUUUGAAAACUUAUAAGCGACAGCUAAAUAGACGAGAAAAAUCAAUCUGUAAACGCAGAACGGGUGGUGUCGAGGCCGGCGCAUCGAAAUGUCGUAUCGUGUUCGGCGGGAAGUCGCCCCUAAUCAAUUUCCUGCCAGCAGCCAUUCGCACAUGAAAACAAUAGAGUCUGCUCUCUCCUUCUUGGUCCCAUUUAAUCAAUUGGUAUUUCAAUAAAUUGAUGUAAUGCAAAAUUAACAUGUAUUUAUUGUAUUUUUUUCGAAUUUUUUGCUAAGUUUAAAGUUAUUUUUGAUAAUAACAUCGUGAACAUAUUUGCUGCAUACGUUUUUUUGAGAAUUAUAUUUAGUAUCUUAGUGUUUUAAUGAAUAAAAAAUCAAGAAUUGCUAAACGGAAUGUAAACUGGAAAUAGUUACAUCUCUUUCUAUUUCUGUUUGUAGAUUCUGUAAAUGACACUAAUAUUAAUGUUGUCACGCACCAAUAUCAUGUAUCGUUUGUGCAAAUUUGCUCAUUUAUUGAACUAGUUGUAAUAUAGCUGAACACAUAUGUUGUAAUUAUUUCUAUUUAUGUCAAUGUUGCGAUAUUUGUUUGUAUUUAUAGUCUAAAUUAAUGCUGAAGGAAAGGCGUUGAACAUUUCGCACAAAUAUCAUAAUAAAACGACUCUUGUGCACAUGAUUCACUUAGCAAGAUAAACAAUAAUUUUAUAAAUAAUUCAGUUUUUUUCAUAUAGUUUAUUAUAGAAUUAAUUAUAUGGGAAUAAUGCUAUUAAUACUUAACAAUUUAAAUUAAUAAGAUGAACAAAUGUAUGCAACUACCGAAAACCAACAAUUAUUAUGAAAUGAGUACACAGUCUAACUUUUUAUGACAUAAAUACGCGCAUAAAUGGCGCAAGAUGAAAUUUUCUGCUAAAUGGCAGCGAAACACUGACGACUUCAGUCGACGCGAACCGGCACACGGUGAUCCGGAAAAGCGAAAUCCUUAGGUAGCUAGUUAAAAAGAAAAAGGAAAAAAAAACGACCUCUAGGAAGAAACAAAGGCAUUCAUGUGACCGGUAGGGUUUCUAUGCCAAAUAUGUAUGUAUGCGCUUUUGCGCGCGUGUGUAUGCGUAGAAUUGUGAAAUAAGCUCUGUUCUCAGUAAACUAGAGAAUGGCGAACGGAGACGAAAUAGGACAAAGAGAAGAACCGCUUAGACCUCUGAAACAGUAUACCGAAUUUUUAAUUGCAUAGGGUCUAGUCAAAACAGUUUCAUUUAUGUAUAAUUUCACGCAAAGCUUCGAUUUUUAUUUUCUAAAAUUCGAUCAACAUGUCGACCCUGAAUCCUCAUUUCGCGCUAUUUGUUCGCUCCAUUUUCGAAUGCUAAAUUAAAGAUAUAAAACGCAAUUAAUUAGACUUAAAACCUAUCUAUCUUGGAUAUUCUAUUAUUUUAAAACCAACAUGAAAUAUGUUUUGCAAAAAAAGAAGACUGCAAAGAUCUCUUUCAAACAAAUUGUAAAAUUUAAGACUUUCAGAAACUUAAGAAACCGAAUGUUUAAUUUUAUAAUAUCGUUACUUGUUCAAGAGAAACUUUGCAAUAAUUUCAUUCUCUUUCUCGCGUACUGAUAAUAAUCCGAAUAAUGAAUUAUGCAUUGGAGCAGCGAAUACACUUGUAUUUACCAACGCCUUUUUUCUUUCGAGAGAAAUUCGAUUCCGACAUGAAUUCACCAUGUACAAUAAUCAAAUUGAAGUGUGCAUUGUACCACUUAGUUAUUCCUUAAUUAAACGACUGAAUAGACA